GAGGUUGGGGAACUGAAAAGCCGCGGAACCAGAAGCGAGGGGGGUGGAGCGGACAGGGGGGUUAGGAGAAGCGGAGGACCGGUAGGCCUAGUUUCCAGGCCGCGGUCACGGUUGCGAAGGGAUGGAACCUCUGCGUGUCCUGGAGCUCUACAGUGGCAUUGGUGGCAUGCACCACGCGCUGCGAGAGAGUUGUGUCCCUGCACACGUGGUGGCUGCUAUUGAUGUGAACACUGUCGCUAAUGAAGUGUACAAGCAUAAUUUUCCUCACACACACUUGCUAGCAAAGACAAUUGAAGGUAUUUCACUGGAAGAGUUUGACAAGCUGUCUUUCAAUAUGAUUUUAAUGAGCCCUCCAUGUCAGCCAUUUACAAGAAUUGGCUUACAGGGGGAUAUGACGGAUCCAAGGACUAAUAGCUUCUUGUAUAUUCUAGAUAUUCUCCCAAGAUUGCAAAAAUUACCCAAGUAUAUUCUUUUAGAAAAUGUUAAAGGCUUUGAAGUAUCAUCUACAAGAGAGCUGUUGAUACAAACGAUAGAAGCCUGUGGCUUUCAGCAUCAAGAGUUUCUAUUAUCUCCUUCCUCCCUUGGUAUUCCAAACUCAAGGCUCCGAUAUUUUCUCAUUGCAAAGCUUCAGUCAGAGCCUUUACCUUUUCAGGCCCCUGGUCAGAUACUGUUGGAAUUUCCUAAAAUUGCAACUAUACAGCCGCAAAGCUAUGCAGUAGUUGCAGAAAAUAUAUUAAGAGUGAAGAGACCUGAACCAAGCACCUGCUUUGAUACCAGCAGCACACAGUGUUCCGGAAAAGAUACCAUUCUUUUUAAGCUUGAAACUGCAGAAGAAAUUGACAGGAAGCACCAGCAGGACAACGACCUCUCUGUGCAGAUGCUGAAAGAUUUUCUUGAAGAUGAGGACACAAAUCAGUACUUUUUGCCACCAAAGUUACUGCUUCGAUAUGCUCUUUUACUAGAUAUUGUUAAGCCCACUUCCAGAAGGUCCAUGUGCUUUACCAAAGGGUAUGGAAGCUACAUUGAAGGGACAGGCUCAGUGUUACAGACCGCAGAGGAUGUGCAGAUUGAGAAUGUCUUCAAAUCUCUUAAUGAGUUGCCUCCAGAAGAAAAGAUUGCUAAGUUGUCAACACUUAAACUGCGAUAUUUCACACCUAGAGAAAUUGCCAAUCUCCAGGGAUUUCCUCCAGAAUUCGGAUUUCCUGAGAAGAUAACUGUGAAGCAGCGUUACCGUCUCCUUGGCAACAGCCUCAAUGUGCAUGUAGUAGCAAAACUCAUCACAAUCCUGUGUGAAUAAUUUGGACAUACCUCUGAGAGGUGUCAUAGUAGUCCUCCAAUUCCAGACAGUAAUUCUAAAAUACUAAUUUGAACUAAUUCAUAUAAAAUUUAACUAAAUUAUUUUAACUGAGAAUGUAUGCAGUGCAUUCAAGUUGUUUUCUUAAAUUUAUAUUACUGUAUACCCAAAACUUUAUUUGCUGUAUUGCCUUAUGGGCAAAUAUUUUUAUAAAACUUUUAAGUAUGUAUAUUAAAUAUCUUUCACAUAAUGCUACAAGCAAAUUAAGAAUG